AUGUGGAUUCUCUACGGGUGUUUCAUCGUCACUUUUUUCUACCUGCUCACCGUCACAAACAUAUUCGAAACGAACAAAAGUAUUCACGAAUUCAUCAAAUCGUCUCGAGUGAAGUACGCUCGAUAUCGUGAAGGAGUGGCUGCCGCUAAGGCUCAGAAUCAGCCGAAACAGCUGCAAAAGCAGGGGGUGUUCGACUAUCCGCUCAACAAUUCACCGCAGGAUAUUUUCGACACCUGCCCUUUCGUUGCGCCUGAUCCAUGGGACCCGGAGAUUCUCAACUAUAUCGAAGUAAAGUACGGAUUUUUCAAUAAUUGUACAGUCAACGAGAAAUGGGCUCCAAUCACGGAACUUCGCAAUGGUCGUGUACGAAUACUGCGGGAGGGAAGCGCCAGGAAGUAUGAAUGUCGAGCGAGGUGUGUCAAUUAUUUGGAUGAAGAACAUGUCGAUUUUGAUCCAUGGAAGGACAUCGAUGAUCCGUUACCAUUUCUAUGCGACUUUGUACAAACGGAAUGUAUGUCCAGAAGACGAACCCUGUCCUACAUUCACAUGCAAAUUGCGGAAAUGAGCACGAAAUCAGUACAUGCUGCUAUUCAUCCGAAUGUGCAUGUUAUUCUUGUAGAUUCGGUGGCUUCUUCGCAAGCGAUUAGGGCCCUACCGCGUACUGUCAAUUUUCUCACCAAUGCUAUGGAUGCUGUGCAGUUCAGGAAGUUGAACAAAGUUGGUGCAAAUAGUCGACCAAAUGGUUUCGUGAUGCUUUUCGGUAAAACAACUGAGCCGGUGAUGCGAGAAAUGGUCGACCAGGAGCCGAUCCCAGCUGACUGGACUUAUUCGACCUACUGCAGAAAAUAUCUGGAUGAAUCCGUGUACAUACCUGUACAGUAUAGGAAUGCAGGUUACAAGACAUUUGGAGCGCAAGACUAUUCGGCAAGUUUGCUGAAUUUUCCCAACUGCAUGGGAUUAGAGAAACGGGAAUUCCAACACUCGUACAGACCUUUUGAUCUACUGCUAUCAAUGGAUCGAAAAUUGAAGAUCGCACAUGAGACAGCACCUUGCCUGCGAUCGCACAACAACAUGCUCAAGUACUUGGAGAAAUUUCUAAACUCAUAUAAAGGCUCGUCAAAAUUUUCGCUAUCAUGGGUGACGAAGCUUGCACACGAUGAUACUGGCCGUUUGUACAAAGGAGACAAUGAUUUAUAUAAUUUCUUUGUGAAAAAUAGACAAGAGCUCGAUAACUCUUUUCUGUUCUUCUUAGGCGAUCAUGGACCUCGUUUCGGAAAAGAAACUAAAACUGCGUUUGGAAGAAACGAGGCGAACAAUCCGUUCCUAUACGUGACGGUUCCAAAAUCGAUGAGGAACUCGGAGAUGUUCCGAGUUCUCAAGGAGAAAGAGUACGAACUCAUCACGCCGCAUGACAUUCAUGCAACACUCAAAGAUAUUCUUGAGGAGCAACCAUUUUCCAACUUCGUCGACACCGCGUUCAAGUCUUUUUUGCCUUCGAGCAGAGGUUCCUCACUUUUGCGUGAGUUCGAACCGAGAACGGCACGGAAUUGCAAGACGUUGCCCAUACCAUUUCAGUACUGCAUCUGCCAGUAUGCUAAAGUACCACUUGAUGAUGACUCCUUAGCAAUAAAGUUGGGGCAAUUUGCUGUCGACGGCAUCAAUAAUAUUCUGAAGCAAAAUAAUGCGUCAGAAAACUGUACACAUCUUAUUCUUCAUCAGGUCCAUUCCGUUUCUCGUUAUGUUCUUCCCGAAGAGCAAAUGAGAACCACUGCGAUUUAUGACGUAACAUUCCAAGCAUCUCCUUCCGCCGGACUAUUUCAGAUCCCAAUUCGUUCUAAAAAUGGUGUGUUUAUGCUGGCCGGAUCAACAUUUACCCGUCUCAACGAAUACGGGAAACAGUCGUAUCAGCAUUUGGUUGCGUCCCUUAGAUACAUACAUUUGAAUGUGAACAGUGCUUUGAUUCCUCAUCAUGUUGUCACUACUUCAAUUUUGUUUUCGAUUCCUCACGUCGUGACGUCUUCGGCUUCAGAAGGAUCCGCGGUCGAAAUGAAAGUUGCAGCUAUCAAAAGACUUCUUCUGCCUCCUAUGACUGGACUUUGGUUACUUUACGGAUUCGUUAUAAUCGGAGUACUGUACUACGUAAGCUACGACGUAUUUAUUCAGGAAAUAAAUGAGCCUGAAAGGAAUGAAAAAAAUACCAGUUUACCGAGCAAUAAUUUAAGAGUAACAACUGUGAACAAAAAUUCAACAAAACAACUUGACACUGAUAUUUUCGACUAUUGCCCAUACAAGCCUCCAGAUCCAUGGCAUCAAUCAAUCAUGGAAUUCGUUGAUGUGAAAUAUGGGUUUAAAGAGCAAUGUACUUCCAACGCCUCUUUGGAUCCAAUCACACGACUUGAGAACGGAAUAAUCACCCUUGAUUUAGGCACAGAAGGAUUCAGUUGUUGGGCGAGGUGUUUGAACUACAGAAACGACAAAAGCUAUGAUGCUGGACAUUGGCUCCCCAUUGAGAAAUCAGUACUAGAAUGUGAUUUCGUUGAAACUGAAUGCAAAUCCAACGAUACAGUGAAGUCCUUCGUUCACAUGCAAAUAAGUGAAGACGAGUUGAACAGAAAAGAAGCCGAUGUACGGAGUCAGAAGAAUCCAGAUGUACACCUCAUUGUGAUUGAUUCGGUAGCGUCAACUCAGCUGAUUCGUGCAUUGCCAAGAACUGUAAAUUUCUUGCUACAUGGAAUGGACGCUGUUGAAUUCCAAAAACUCAACAAAGUAGGAUCAAAUAGUAGGCCGAACGCUUUUCCGCUUCUAUUCGGUAUAACUACUGAGCCUGUUAUACGAACAGUUAUGCAACUGAAGGAUAUCAAAGCGGACAUGACUGAAGAUCAGGCCUGCAGCACCUACAUGGAUGAGAAGUCAUUCAUCCCAGCUGAAUAUAAAAAAGCUGGUUACUUUACAUCCGAUGCUGAAGAUUACUUUGCGAGCUUGGUUAAUUAUCCAAACUGCCGUGGACUGAGAGAGAAGGCUUUUAAUCAUUAUUAUAGGCCUUUCCACAUCAGAAUUCGAGAAGACAAUAAUCUUCGUAAUAUACAUGAAGAAGGAAGAUGUCGUGGAUCGUCCAACAACAUGUUGGACUACCAAUCCAACUUCUUCAAUGCCUACAAAGUUAAACGGAGUUACCCAAAGUUUUCACUCACAUGGCUCGUCGAGCUGACUCAUGAUGACACGGGGGAGCUGUACAAGGCGGAUUACGAUUUGUAUAACUUUUUCACAAAAAACCGGAAUUCGUUGAACAACUCCUUCAUAUUCUUUUUGGGAGAUCACGGUCCCAGAUUUGGAAAAGAAGCAAUGACUCCGUACGGUAUCAAAGAGCAGAACAAUCCGUUCCUAUACAUUGUUGUUCCGGAGCAUUUGCGCAACUCGCCUAUGUACAAACAGUUGAAGAGGAACAGCGAAGAAUUGGUCACGCAUCAUGAUCUUCACAGUACACUUAAAGACAUUCUUUAUUUCCAACCUGCAUCCGACUUCACGGAACUCGAGUUCAAAAUAUUCGACAAUAACCGCCGCGGUUCGUCUUUAUUACGACGAUUCCAAGAAGGAGUACCACGAACCUGCAAAACAUUACCAAUACCAUUCCAGUACUGUAUCUGUCAAUAUGCAAUCGUUAAUGUCACUGAUUACACUUUAAAGCAAGAGCUUGGUGCGUUUGCUGCUGACCAGCUGGAACUGCUCCUAGGAUCUGCAGGAGUAUCAUCGAAAUGUGAGAGUAUAAAAUUGAGCUGGGCUGAAGCGGUGCAAUUUUCUUCUUCAACGUCAGCGCGUGGAGUUUUAGACAACAUGAGCUACUUUGACGUCACUUUCGAAGUUAUUCGACCAGCGUACGGAAAAUUCCAAAUUCCUAUUCGGAGAGAGCACGCAAAGCUAAGUUUGGCCGGUCGAUUUACUCGUUUAGAUCGAUAUGAAUCCCGUGGUGAUUGCAUGAGCAAUGAUGCUCUUCGACCAUACUGUACGUGUAAAAAUCGUGAACAUAGCAAACAUGAAUUUGGUGUUCAAUUGUUCAAUUGGUACUAG